CUACCUUUGCAGAAGAUAAGAUCCCAGGUUUCAAAGUUUCUCCGAAAUUCUCUUCUAAAUGCGUAGAAAUGAUGCGCUUGAGACUCGAUUUUCAAAUUCUUUCUCUAUUCUAACAAAGAUUUGUUGUGGGUUUCGUUUUUUGGGUGUGGAUCUUUAAAUUGUGGUUUACUUGAUAGCUUGGUGGAGAGUGGUCAAAAGUGGUCAAGAUGGUCGCCAAUGCUGAUCCGGCGACGAGUUUGAUGAAAUAUGUCAUAUUUGCCAUCAAUUUUGUCAUAUAUGUGAUGGGUGGUGCCAUUCUGGCAGUCGGUAUCUGGAUUCGAUCGGACAGUGACUUCUGGGAGUAUCACAGGGCGUUGGACAUAGGUCAGUUCUACCAGGCCAGUUACGUGGCCAUAGCAUUGGGUGCUAUCGUCCUCAUCAUCGGUUUCUUUGGUUGUUGUGGAGCAGCCAUGAACAGUCCGUGCAUGCUCUUCACUUACAUGGUAAUGCUCGUAUUCGUUCUCAUUUUGGAACUUACUACAGCUGGUCUUGUAUGGAAGCAUGCUGAUGGAGAAAAAUUUCAGAUAUUUUUGACGGAUUCCAUCAAGGAACAAAUAAGUCGAGGCAUUCAUGAAAAUCCAGAUUCAGCCAGAUUUGUGGAUUUGCUACAGUUGCAUUUGGAGUGUUGUGGAGGUUAUGAUAUGCAUGAUUAUCACAUGGAUGACAUACCACAAUCCUGUAGCAGUGACAGGACAAAUAAUGUUUUUAUUCACGGUUGUGGUGAAAACAUACGACGUUAUUUGGAACAAAAAGCAGGUGCACUAGGAGGUAUUGCGUUAGGUUCUGUUUUAAUACAGGUUCUGUGUCUGAUAUUUUCUGGAUGUUUGUUCUGUAUCAUGAGGGAAGACGAAAGAGAAUACACAUACUAAAGAGACUCAUUCAACUUUUUUCUCUCAUUAGAUUAUAUGUUCAUAAACAUCAACUAUUUCAACUGAAGUGUUUUCAACUUUAGGUUCGAAGAACUUUUGAAGAAUCCUUUUCAAAAUGGAUGCAUUCAUGCGACUUGAUUUAACAUAAUGUUCACUUAAAAAAAAAAGUUGCUUAGUACACAGUAGAUUGGGUCGUCCUCUUGUUAAGAAGUAAAUGCAAUUACAUUUUAUGCACGGAAAGUAAGCUCAACAGACACAAAACUAAUCGUUUGUAAUUAUUUAAGAUUCAAAAUCGUUUUGGCAUAUCUUAUUUCACUAAAAACUAAUUUUCAAAUCUAAAGUACAGGUUUACUAAAGCACUGUUUUGUUACAAAUAACUCAUUUUCGAAGCCGUUUUUACCGUCACUUUUAAAAAUUAUUAACUUUGGGUGUUCUGAAAAGGCAGCUCUUUGUGUGUAUUUUGAGAAUUCUUAUCAAAAGAGUAAACAAAAAUGUAUACACAUGGAGUGGCGCAAAUUAAUAUUUAACCCAGGAAAAACUAACUACUCAAUCAAAAGUUGACAAACCCCACUGAACAGGAAGGAAGAUGCAAUAAACAAUAAAUAACAAGACAUUUCGGAAAGAAACAGAGAGGAGUUGAAGGAAGAUUUUUAAAAGCACAUUCAAGUUUCACCCUCUAAUUUAAUUUGUUUUGAUGUUAACUAUAUUUGGAUUUUGCUACUUAAAUGUUUUUUUCCAUGAUUGCAUUUUUAUUCUUUUAGUUGCGUUUUUAUUCUUUUAUUUGUGACUCACGUGUCCAAGUGAUUUUAUUUUCAUUUUUGAUAUAGAUUCUUAUUACGCAUAUUAAGAGAGGUCUUUACGAAACACCUUGUGGAAAAUGUUAAGUUGUCUGUGCCUACUAAAGUAAGAGUAUGACUAAGCAAAAAUGACACUUUUAGAGUACUACAUUCCAUAAUUUUAACUAUAAACAAGUUGAUGUUAAAUUGUGUCAUGAGUUUCUUAUUUUAAUUUUAUUUUUGCUUGUAUUUCACUAUUUGUUUUGAAAUAUUAUUGUUUGUUUAGUUAGUAUUGUACUGUUCAUAACUAUUAUAUUUAAAAACAUUCUUUUUCAGCUAAGAUACUUGUAGCUUUAUAAAAAAUAUUGAAUGCAAAUAUUUUAUCACGAUACGAAAUUUAGAAAAUAAUACUUCAAAAGCAUAUCACGUUUUUAAUAUUGAUAACUUAGUUUUCAUUUUAAAUGCUUUAUCAGAUUUUUGUUUUAGAUUAAUUUCAUUUCUUCUAAAUGUUGUUUGAAAAUUUUUGCUUUUCUAAUUCCUUGUGUGUAGAACUAUUUAAACUUUGCAGAUAAUUAUACAUUUGCAUUUAAUGUCUUAUAUUUCAUUGAACUGAUGCAUCACAUUUGUUAUUUUAUGAAUGGUGAAUAAAAAAUUCUUUUGUAUAUAUA